UUGUGUUUGUAUGGAGAGCGGGAUUCUUAACUUCUUCAUAACCUCACAUUCCUCCUGGCUACACCUCCCCCUCUCCCUCUCUUCUUCCGCGCUUUAAUAAACCCCACCUUUUCGCUUUGUUUGUUCUGGUUUUGUUUUUUGCACUCAGUGCGCUUUCUUAUUUACGAAUCUGGUUCCUAGUUAUCGCUGAUAUGUAAGUUGCUACUCUCUCUGUCUCCCAGCUUCUUUGCUCAAAAUCUUUCCUUCUUACCUUCUUUGUUUAGCUUAAUCUUGUCUUAUUUACGAAUCUGAUUCCUAGUUACCACUAAUGCAAGUUGUUACUCUUUCUGUCUACCAGCUUCUUUGUUCAAAAUCUUUCUUACUUUAGCUUAAUCUCCCUCUCUUCACUUAAGCUUUCUCUCUUUCAAAUUUAGUUUGUUUGAUGAUUUCAACUUAAGUUGACAACUCCUUUUCUUUUCUUUCUUUUGCGAUUCAUGGAAGACAUGCUCUUGCUAAUUCCAAUAUUUCUGUUUUCAGAUGUUAAAGUUUUACUUUAAAGCUUGUUGCUUUAUUGUUAUACUUACUACUACUACUGCUACUUAUAAUUAAGACCACCUAUAUACCUAUCCUUUUCUUCAAAACUAGAUUUGAUUGGCCUCCUACUCUUCUAGCUACUUUUGCAUCUGGGGUUUCUAUAGUUGGUUUGCCUCUGAAAGAUUAAUUCCCUUUUUUAGUGCUUGCUUGUAAGAUUUGUCUCUUAACUAGAGACUAAUCCCUAAGCAUAUCUUGUAUUGUUCAUCACUAUCUACUCCAGUUCUGUAUUGUUAUUGUUAUCGUCGUCACUUUCAGAAAGAAGCUUAGCUCAUUUGUUUGAAGAAAAGGAAAGAUGCGGUUGUAUCAUGUGGCUAUUGGAUUAGUGUCAUUGCUUUCAACGGUGAGUGGUGCAAUGACCAUAGGUGCCAACUGGGGAACGCAAGCUACCCACCCUUUGGAUCCAUCCAUUGUGGUGAGGCUGCUUAGGGAAAAUGGGAUCCAAAAGGUUAAGCUUUUUGAUGCAGAUUAUGAUACUCUAAAAGCUCUUGGUAAGAGUGGGAUUGAGGUCAUGGUGGGUAUCCCAAAUGACAUGCUUGCUACUCUGGCUAGUAGCAUGAAGGCUGCUGAGAAAUGGGUUUCCAAAAAUGUCUCCGCACAUGUCACCUCAAAUAAUGUCAACAUCAGAUAUGUUGCAGUUGGAAAUGAACCUUUCUUGCAAACGUACAAUGGAAGCUUUCUCAGAACAACAUUCCCUGCUCUCCAGAAUGUCCAAUCUGCUCUGAUAAAAGCUGGGCUUGGCAAUUCAGUAAAGGUCACUGUCCCUCUGAAUGCUGAUGUCUAUGAGAGCUCAAGUGGACUUCCUUCUGAUGGUGACUUUCGAGCUGAUAUCCAUGAUCUCAUGCUUGCCAUUGUCAAAUUCUUGAAUGAUGCCACUGCCCCCUUCACUGUGAAUAUCUAUCCUUUCAUAAGCCUGUACUCUGAUGCUGACUUCCCGGUUGAUUAUGCCUUCUUCGAUGGCAAUGCAAAUCCUGUAAAUGAUGGCGGCACAUCCUACUAUAACAUGUUUGAUGCUAACUAUGAUACUCUUGUGCAUGCUCUACAAAAGAAUGGAUUUGGGAAUUUGCCUAUCAUUGUUGGAGAGAUCGGGUGGCCAACUGAUGGGGACAGGAAUGCUAACAUAGAAUAUGCCCAGCGUUUCAACCAAGGUUUCAUGUCACAUAUUUCCAGUGGGAAAGGGACUCCAUUAAAGCCUAAUGCUGAUAUUAAUGCCUAUUUGUUUAGUCUGAUUGAUGAGGAUGCCAAAAGUGUUGAUCCUGGGAACUUCGAACGGCACUGGGGGGUAUUUACAUUUGAUGGAAUGCCCAAAUAUGCUUUCAACCUUGGCACAACAAAUACAGGAGCUUUAAUUCCAGCAAGAAGAGUCAACUACCUGGAGCGUAAAUGGUGUGUGAUGAAGCCAUCGGCCAAGCUUGAUGACCCACAAGUGCCACUAAGUGUAAGCUAUGCCUGCGGACUAGCUGACUGCACUAGGCUUGGUUAUGGGACAUCAUGUGCAAGUUUGGAUUCUAGGGGGAACAUUUCAUAUGCAUUUAACAGUUAUUUCCAGAUACAAAAUCAACUUGACGAUGCAUGCAAGUUUCCAAACCUUUCAACAAUCACCAAGACAGAUCCAUCUACUGGAACUUGCAAAUUUGAGGUAAUGAUUGAGCCAUACUAUGGAGGUGCGGUACAGGCACCCGGGCAUGCCAAGAAGGCACUGGGUUUGGUUGUAGGUCUCAUUCUAUUUUUCCUAAAGAUUGUGUAAACCUCAAAGCUCUCCCAACUUUUUGUGGUAGCAGUUUUCAUCAGCUAUUCUCAUUAAUCUGGUGUGUAGGAUAUAAAGGAAGCUAGCCAAGAGCGAUUUUGGAAUUGAAUAGAUUGUAACUUGAUUUGUGUGUUCUAGAAACGAAUGUUCGAAUGUAUGAAAAUAAAUUGUUGAACUAUUUAAUA